AGAUAAAAUGAGCUGUGUUGAUAGUGUACACAGCAGUCGCGAUCAUUCGGUCCAACUUUCUCUGGAAAAGACUGCUUCUAGCAAUGGGGACGAAAAUUCAGAAGCGGAUCCAGAUCAGUCUUCGGGUGCGGUCAACCGUUCAAGAUGGACUGAAAACGCCGCAAGAUGCUACAAAUGCAAGGACCUCGUGCCACACAAACUUCUCUUUGUCUGCCGACAUGAAAAGUGCGCUGGAGUUUUCAAAGGAAACAAGAAAUAUGCUUCGCCGUUCGACUUUUAUUUACAUGAAAAAGUAUUUUGCUCGGCAUGCAUCUUCACGGGCAGCCACAAGAAUCAUUCUGAUCAGGCGGAGGGAGCCUACAAAUUAGCGAUUAAAUCGGCUUCUACUGGUGAAGAUAUGGGACUGAUUUACCAGACACUUGCAUUUCUUGAUAUUGACGAAUCAACUGAUUUCAUGAUCACCAACGACUUCGGUAUUCCACAUCUUCCAGUGGCUGAUGUGGCUUCGUAUCUUGAUAAUGCCAACAGUUGCACCGAAUUCGUGAAAAGAAAGAAAAUGCUCGUGGACCUGAAAAAUACAGUUGAUAACUGUCGUACAGAAAGCGAUGUCUAUGUUAAAAAGCUCGCCGGUCUUUCCUUGAACUGUUUCCAAGAUAUACUGGCCAAGUUUAAAGGUAGUAACAAAGACAGCGAACCAUCAUCGAAGAAAGAAGAGAAGAAAACUUCUCACAAAGACCUGGAAAAGCGAGCAUCAGAUGUUACCCUUCCACCGGCAGCUGCAUCACCAGUCCCAGAUAUUCCGAAAGUCGAUUCCACUUCGAUUUCGAUUAUUACAACUGUUAAAGUGGAGAACCUUAAGCAAAACGAUUCUGCAAUAAACAUGCUCUGUCGUAGUUUGAGUCUCCGUUUCGAUCAAAUUCGAGACGAAUUGACAAUUGAGCAGGCUUUGCAAGCAGUCUCUGACAUGCUUCAUGAAUCUGUUGGAAGCCUCGAGGAGAAAAUGGCUGCUGCUAGUCGCUUCAAAGAGCGACACAAUGUUGCACUCUACUACCCACCACAAUAAACGCACCCAGUGACUGAAACUUAUUCCACAUGCAAUACAUUUUAUUUUGUAUCAAUUUUUCAAAUCUCUAAUGAACCGCACUGCUUUAUAAAUGUUGCUGCC